CGAAAAGGAUUAGCUAGCUUGCUAGCAGGUGGAAUCUCUUUAGAUGUUGGGAUUUGCGCUAAAUGAGCUGCUUUGAACAGCACUGACACAUCGAGCGAGUUACAGAGCUGAGACUCCGGCUGUUGCCAUGGCAAUCCUGUUUGCUGUGGUGGCUCGUGGUACCACCAUCCUGGCAAAGCAUGCAUGGUGUGGCGGCAACUUCCUGGAAGUGACUGAACAGAUUUUAGCCAAAAUCCCAUCAGAGAAUAACAAAUUGACCUACAGCCACGGCAGCUAUCUUUUCCAUUACAUCUGCCAUGACAGAAUCAUAUACCUGUGUAUCACUGAUGAUGACUUUGAGAGGUCACGUGCAUUCAGCUUCCUCAGCGAAGUCAAGAAGCGCUUUCAGACAACGUACGGGUCCAGAGCGCAAACAGCCCUGCCUUAUGCCAUGAACAGCGAGUUCUCCUCAACACUGGCAGCUCAGAUGAAACACCACUCAGACCUGCGAGGAUCAGAUCGUGUCACUGAGACUCAGAUGCAAGUGGAUGACCUGAAGGGCAUUAUGGUCCGCAACAUAGACUUGGUAGCUCAGAGAGGAGAGAAACUGGAGUUGCUGAUUGACAAGACAGACAAUCUGGUUGAUUCAUCGGUCACAUUUAAGACCACAAGUCGUAACCUGGCACGAGCCAUGUGUAUGAAAAACCUCAAGCUGACUAUUGUCAUUGUGCUGGUGUGCCUGGUGGUCCUUUACAUUAUCGUUUCUGCUGCCUGUGGAGGCCUCACCUGGCAUAACUGUGUCAAAUGAAAGGAGAGCGGAGAUAAAAGAGAAGGAGAUAAAGGAAAAAAAGGAAGAGGAGGAGAAGCAUUUGUUCAACUCUGCCUGCCAGCGGACACAAAAGGAAUCACAACUUUCCUCCCUUUGCUCCUCCAGCUUCAACAUCCCCAGAAGAUACAUGCUGCUGCUGCUGCUCCUCCUCCUGCCUCCUUCUUCGCCCCCUCUUUGAUAGUGUGCACAUUGACUUGCCUUCUGGACAGGGAGUCCCACCUCAUACCCACACUAAUGGACAGCAGCCAUGUGGCCUAAAACUGAUGUGGAACAAUAAUGUUGUCUUAUUACGUUCAUCCUGUCUCAUGCACUCAGUGGCCUGAUGUAUCAUUUUGUGAUACUGUCCUGCACCUAAUUGUGUAUUUAAUCCAUUCAGACUGAUACCAUAGCAAACCGCAAAGAUAGCAAACGUUGCUUGUCCUGCUUUUCCUUCAUUGUCCACAGAGAUAUAUGUGACCUGUAUAGGUAGCAUGUUGCAGAUCCACCAAGAAGGAAUCCAACAAUAGUGUCUGGCCCUGUGUUAUAUUAAUGUAAACUAACUUUUUUGACAAAAUUGAUGCAGUAAACAAUAUGUCUCAAGUGUCGAAUAUACCAUGGUAGUGGUUUCUCAAUAAUGAGGUAGCCUGUUUUUGCUCUGAAACACAGAUUUCCUUCAUGUUUUACCACCAAGCACAGUAGUAUAUUCAAAAUGGAUGUUGUAAAAUAUCAGAUAUGAUCAUAUAAAUAAAUAUUGUAAAUUGGAUUGAUAUCACUGACUCUAAAGAUGUAAUCGUUUCUUUUAAAUCAAGCCUGAUUUUCCUUCUUUUUUUUCCACCUUGGUAGGAGAUUUCCUCUCACCUCUGCUGGGAUGUUCAGUGUGCCCUUAUGUUCUUUCUGUUAACACAAUGCACUUUUUACAUUGUACAUAGAUUUGCUUCCUGGCAUCAUAUAUGGUUUAUAAUCAUGUACUUAUUUCAUUAUUGUACAUCCAGAUUUGAAAUAAUAAAACCUGAUGUUAUCAAGUGAUUGAUCUCUUCAGAUGGAAAACAA